CAAAAUAUACAAUGAAGGUAGACAGUACAGCUGUAUAAUCGAACAUAACUGCCAUAAUUACUAUUUAUCUGUAGUACCUCAAUGUGUCCAUAGAUGGCGCAUAGAUGCAAGCUUAAAUGCAACUUUCACAACAGCAUCACCUAUUGGCAACUCACUCACACAAACAGACGACACGCAGAGAGAGAGAGAGAGAGAGAGAGAGAGAGAGAGAGAGAGAGAGAGAGAGAGAGAGAGAGAGAGAGAGAAUUUACUCAGUGGCUGCAGUCACGCUCAUUUCUCCGGAGCUCUGGCUGAGGAUGCUGCCGUCUCUCCUCCUCCGUCUCCAUGAGGAUGGUGAAGCGCCCAGAGGCAGACGGAGGCGAGCGCAUCGGGCCGCCUGAAACCAUCCACAUUUACCCGGCUAUCCUAUACCGUCACUUUUAUAAACUUACAAGAACUAUGAAUUGGAGUCGAUGCUGAAUAAUCUGGGCUUGGACUUGUUCUGUAUGCCGCCCUUCCUUCUACUCGUCAGCUGCAUCAGCUGUUGCUUUGGGGAAAAGUCGAGGCGACUCCCACUCUAAGGGCAUCGGAUACGGGCAUCACUCCACGAUGCGUCCUCUGUCUCCCUGACUCCUCCUAACACAGCGGAUGCUGCCUGCCUCAUUAAUAUUUGAUCAGCACCUGGUAACACAGCAGCAGCUCACCUCUUCUGAUGGAGAAAGCGCAAUCUCUACAAGCACAGCCUGGAUCGAAGGCGUCAGAAAGUCCAUCAGAAGACAUCUCCAACCUCACGGAUGAAGAUCUCCUGCAAUGGAGCAAAGAGGAGCUGGUGCAGCGACUCCGAAGGUCUGAAGCCGAUAAAAUGAGCGUCAUUCUGGAUCACAGUAAUCUGAUUCGGGAGGUGAACCGAAGCCUCCAGCUGCAUCUGAACGAGAUCCGGGAGCUGAAGGAGGUAAACCAGAAGCUGCAGGAUGACAAUCGGGAACUGCGAGACCUGUGCUGUUUCCUGGACGAUGACCGGCAGAAGGGCAAGCGAGUCUCGCGUGAGUGGCAGCGUCUGGGUCGCUUCAGUGCCAGCGUCAUGCGGAAGGAGGUGGCACUGUACCUUCAGAAGCUGACAGAGCUAGAGCGCAAGCAGGAGGAGGUGAUUCGGGAGAACCUGGAGCUUAGGGAAAUUUGUCUGCUGAUAGAUGAAGAAAAAGUCGGCAGCGGAGGGGAAGGAGUCCAAGGUGGAGCGGGUUCCAUUGGAUGUCGCAAUUCCAUUGACAGUCAGAGUGGGCUUCUGGUACCUGGCUUGAUGCGGGACGUGGGGGAUGGAAGCAGCACUUCUAGCGCAGGAAGUGCCGACAGCUCUGAGCAUCCACACCAUAAGCAGCCACAGCCACCGUCUAGCGGAGUAACUGGGAGUAAAAGCCCGGAUCUCCAGAAGUCUCGCCCUGGGAAGAGAGGGGAAGGAGAUCGCGGGGAGAUCUCCAGCCCUGACCCUCCUGUUAGGCACAGAAGCACCAGCCUGGAGUAUCCCUUCGUUCUGCCUCAGCCCUGCCGACCUCGCUGUGGCUCCAUAUCUGUGCCUGACCAUAGGCUGAUUAGAGGGCUAAGUCCAGAAAAGUACGGUCGAUCUCUGGGCCACCGGAGUCCGGAGAUGCAUCCGAAGCUCCAUUUGGCUCCAGGGCAGCCCAUGAAUCCCGAGCUCUACAUCCAGAGGCACAGGGGCAGCUUAGGAAGUGGGCCUGGGAGUCCAGAGUCUAGACACAUGCUGCUAGGAAUGUCAGAGCUCCACCAUGACAAAAGCAAGCUGGGAGGAAGUAGUCCUGAGAUGCUGAGGCACCAGUACAGCAUGAGCCCUGAACAUGGGAAGUUUGGCAGCCCUGGUAGAGAGACGUCACCACGUAGACUGGCAGGAGACGAGCUGUCGCCACACCAUCGGAGCCUUUACAAUGGUGUGAAUGCUUUGAUAUCAGCAGGAUGUUGCAGCAACAACUGCAGGAACGUGAAGCUCUGGGACAGAAGAAAGAAAAUAAUACAGGGUUGGAACAAAACAGAGUUUUGAUGGCUCCUCUUGACCACGCCCUUGCUUGGAGGUUUGGGGUGACGCAGGGGCCCCUGGAGCCCCACUCUCACCAGGCAGAUAUUCCAUCCCUUCACCUUGUACUCGAUGGGCCGAGCAGUCUGGGCUCAUUUCAGUUGUCAUAACAGCAGUUUUCUUUGUGGACCCACUGGUGCAAUCAUUUCAAAGGGGACUAGAGUGAGACGCAGGAUGUUUUCCCCACCCGUUCUGGUGAAAGAAGACGCUCACACAAACCACAGAAACAGACACACCCAUGCACAGCUAUGAGAAUCGAAAUGUCUCCUGUGGUUUACAGAUGUUUAACAGCACUGCAUUUGGGUAAUCAAACACUCGAGCCGUCCCUCUCUCUAUAUCGGUGUCUCUUUGUAUCAUUCUGAGUAGCAAUAGGACACAUGAAACACGAUGCUGUGGCUUCUCUGAAGGUGCUUCCCUGUCCUUGAUGUUUAUUUAUGCAGUUUCUUUUCAACCAAAGCUAUUUGAAAUAUCCUUAAUGUUCAUUUUUCAUCCAGGCAUCUAUGAAGGAGAAUCAGUAUCAUGUUUGCUAGUUUUUCCAUAUCUUGGAUUGUUUUUUUUACAUGACUGACACCAGUGCAAGGUGUUUGUGUAUGGUUUAUGGUCAUCAGCGAAAGCAGAAUGGACUCUGUACAUGUUGUCAGUGACUGAAUAACCUCAUCAGUGUUUUGCACUGAUUCUGUGUGUGUAUGUAUGCGUGUUUAUUGGCUUUAUUAUUCCUUCCCUCCAAGCUCCUGUAUAUAAGCUAAUGAGGUGUUUCUUCAUGUUGUUUUAUAUACAGAAGUACAGCAUAGUAUAGUAAAUUAAUGGAUUAGUUUUAUAUGCAUAUAAUGACUAUUAUUUUUGACUUACAGUUAUUAUUAUAACAAUAAUAAUAUGAAUAUAUCUAUGUGCAAAAUAUUAAAGGAUUUUCAUUAUGUA